UGAGAAACCCGACCCGAAAACAUUUUCGUGCUUUUAUUCAAAACCGCGGCAUACAAAUCAACAAAUUCAAAAAUUUCCCAUUCCCGGCAAAGGCACUACGCUUGCAGAGCUUCCAUGGAAGAGGAAGAGGCGAAGCGACGGCAUAACAAAGAGCGCCGGCCUUUACCUAUCCGAGGCAUGGAAUCGGUGGUUGCUACAGUCAGUGGAUACCAUGGUACCGAGAGGUUUAAUCUCAUCAAGUUGAUAGACAAGAGUGGUGCAAGCUAUGUCGGUUCAAUGAAUCAGUCGAUCACUCAUUUGGUGUGUUGGAGAUUUGAAGGGAAGAAAUAUGAGCUUGCAAAAAAGUUCAAAAUGUCAAUAAUCAACCAUAAGUGGGUUGAAGAUUGUAUUAAGGAAGGAAGACGUCUUCCGGAGGCUCCCUACACAUUUCAAUGUGGACAAGACGUGGGGCCGUUAAUGUUGGAUAGUACACUUCUUACAGAAACUAUACAAUUGAAUCACUCCAAAAAACCAGCUAUUCAUAUUGAAUCUGAAGAGGAUUUCAACUCUUGGACGGAUUCAACUUUGUUAAAAGAGAAUUUAUUUCCUGAGAUGGGUAAAUACAAGGAUAGACCAAGGAGGAAAUCAAAUGUCAAUAAUAAAAAUAAGGAUCACCCUUCCAGCAGCGAAUAUUGUUCCGAUGAGCACUCUUUACAAGGCUCACAUAGGAUAGAGAUUGAAGAACUGAAUUUGGCCUCUUCGGCUUCCCUUAAAUCCAAUAAGAGAAGUUCUGAAUUUUGUGAAACUUCUCGCAGAAGUCGUAGAUUGAUGAAGAAGAACAUUAGUGGGGAUCUUCUGGAGAUUACUUCGGGUUCAGGGAAACAUAGUUUCCAAAUACAAGCUCGUCAGGAACUUGAAACUUCAGCACAAUUUUACAACUUGGAUGUUGAAAUGCCAGAAAUCUCUGUGAACAAUAGGCAUGGAUCUGGUUUUAGCUGCUAUCAGUCAGAGCCAAGUAGAAUAGACCUGGAUGGUCUUGAUGAAACUGAAGUUAACAGACCUCUUGAUAAUGGUGAUCAGAGUUUACAAAUAGAAAGUGCCUCCUCUAAUCUUACUGGAAAUCAACAAGAGCCAUGCCCAGCUAUUGAUGAGGUCCAAAAUGAGACUGGUAAUACUUGCAAAGUGUCUACAUCAACCGCAUUAUCCUGUGUCAUAUGUUGGACAGACUUUAGUUCAUACAGGGGGGUGCUUCCCUGUGGUCAUCGUUUUUGUUUCUCAUGCAUCCAGACAUGGGCCAAUCAUAUGGCAUCAAACAGAAAAGUAUCAACAUGCCCUUUGUGCAAGGCUAGUUUUGUUGCCAUUAGAAAGGUUGAUGAUGCAGUUCCUGCUGAUCAAAGGAUAUACACCCAAACUAUUCCGGAGCAGAAUCCAGAAACGGACAUAUAUAUACUUCCCGAGGGUGUAACACCAAGGUUACCUUCUAGUUCAUCAAGAACUCCAGUCUGUUGUCAAUGCUCUUGUCGAGAACCAGAGGACCUACUAGUCAAGUGUCAUCUCUGCGAGACUCUCUGUAUUCAUUCCUAUUGUCUGGAUCCUCCAUUGUUUCCAUGGACAUGCACACACUGCAAGGAUCUACAAAGGCUUUACCGUCGUAACUGGUAAUUUGCUUGCUUGGAGGUAUGCACAUGCCAUAAGCUGAUCUUAAAAUUAGAAGCUACCGUAGGAAAAAAGAAGAGGAAAACCAAGGUGUCAACCUCCCCCUUUGGGAUGUAUAUGGAUAGGUUGACUUCUGGAGAUGUAGGACAUGCUUUGUCCACUUAUAACAGUACAAACUAUAUAGAAAUCAUUCGAUGGACAAAGCUCCUGAGCUAAGACUUCAUUUUUAUUAUUUACAACAUUUUUCUCUCCUGGUGUCUAAUACUA